AUGAGCGAGGCAGCGAGCGACGCGAUGAAGCUGCGGCUCAAGCUCAAGCUGCCGCGGUCCAUGUCCGUGUCCUCUGUGGCUGAGGAGGCGCAAAAGAAGCUGUUGAUUGGCGCGCGGGGCGGCGCUGCCGUCAAAGAGCUGCUGAGCACAGCGCCCAAUAUCGAGGUCGCCAUUCGGGACUUCCAAGCGGCCCACGGCGUCGCGGAGGCGCAUGCGCAGCUAUUCGUGCGCAAGAAGGAGACAAAGAGGCAGGAGAAACCCACUACCUUCGAGCCGGUGGUGCAGCUGCUGGAUCUGCUGCAAGUGCCUCGUUCUAACAUGUACCACUCGCUCCUUGAGCAGAUGAAGAAGGAGAUGCUGCUGCGUAUUGCAGACUUACCGCAGAGCGAGCUGCCACGAGUGCUGGAGCAGACUUUCCCGUAUAUUGAGUUUCGUGAGCUUCGAGCCAUCCCGAUUGCUGUUUUGGCUAGACAAGAAGACACACCGGAGCUAUAUUUACGUGAGCUGACGGAGAAUCGACGGAUACUUGCGGAAUUGCCUGUGCAUGUGAGGAGAAAGAUCUUGCUUGUGGACAGGAGAGAGCUACAGCUGCUCGUAGAGGAAUGCACGCGCGAGUAUGUGACCGAGCAACUGGAGUGGUAUCUCAACCACCCAACGCCAGGGUCCACGACAACCCAUCGCUCAUUAUCGAGGAGGAAUAGCAACACCAAUAUGCGAACUAGUAACCAGAACAGGAAGCGCAGCUUGGAAAAAUCAGCAGGUGGUAGUUUGUGGAACGUCUCCAGCCAUGUUCCGUCUUCAGCUGAUGCUGUUGGGUCGUCAUCGUCAGCGUCAGGGUUUAGCGGAGAGCGACGACCAUUGUACGCUCCAGACGAACGGCGACGUGAUAACCCGGCGCUUAUAAAGCUAGUGGAGAUGCUGGGAGACUCAGAGUCACUAUACUUAUCGACAUUGGAGAUCUGGCGUAGCUACGUGGUGGCUGCGAAUAUUCCUGGUAGCGCCACGAACAAUCAUCCGAAAGAAUAUGUGGACUACGUAGCACUUCUCGGAGCUAUGCGCAGUGACCUCGCCAACCUUCAGCGUGACAAAACAACGCCCCUAUUGCGAACCGAUCCAUUACACAAAUUCAUUUGGUUUUUGGAUCGGGCACUGAAGAACCAGACACUAGAGAGCGCUCUACUUCACGAACUGCUAGGCUUUAUUGGUCGAUUACGUACAUCUGACUUGCCGGCCAACAAGAAGUUUCGAAAGAAAAGUGGUGCUGAGGAGGAAGAGGAAAGUUUUGAGGUCGUAUUAGGGCCACCGCCUGUGGAUGAGCUUCUUGCAGUGUUGGACAAGAUUGCGAAAAUCGAUGCCCGCUUGAUUUUCGCUGAACCCGUACCGGAUGAUGUGCCGAAGUAUCGAGAUAUUAUUAAGGAUCCCAUGGACCUGUCAAUGAUGCGGAGGAAAGCCAAACGCGGCAAGUACAAAACACUGGAUGCGUUUGUGGCCGACUUUAACCUUAUGAUCCGCAAUUGUAUGACUUUCAACCCGGACACGACUAUUUUCUACAAGGAAGGAAAGCGUAUUGGCAAGCGAGGAAACGAGUUGAUAGAGCGAAGUGCUGCUGCUCUGCUUGGGGAGCCUCAGCGAAUUCGCACUAAGAAACGUCGCAAAGCAGGAAGUGGUCCCACCAGCGAGGCUAUCAGUAUGCUCACAAGUACCGGUGUUGUGACGAUCAAGGACUUUGGCGAUGUUGACCAAUCUGGGAUGAUUCCGGAAGGCUUGUGCAAUGAACUGCUCGCGGAUGUGGCACUCGUUUUAUCGGAUCCACUUGUAAAGCAACUUAUCUGUGACGCCCUUAUGAAGAACCUUGUGGUUUGCUGGCAAAAAAAGGAGCUGCCCACGGACAACCUGAUCUGCCGUGCACUGGUGCAACUUCUUCAGAUUGGUAAUUCAUCUAGCGUGCGCCGUAUGAUUCGGAAGCAAGACUUCGUGCUGCGUGCGCCGCAAGUAGUAACUAUGCGUGUCGUACUGCCGCUACUGCUGCGCACGAUGGUGGAUUCCCGUGUGUAUUACGCAUUUUCAGCUGGAUUGCAGCGUGAAGUAAAGACAAAAGCGAAGGAUGACGCAUUGAGUACCAUGUUGUGGGACAACGUGCUACGUGCAAGCUCAGCUAUUCGCACCAUGGUGAAGUCGUUCGCCGUGCAAUGUUUGGUGGACCACCAAAUUGAUGCAGGUUCGCAGCUGCUGCAUCAUUUGCUAUUGGCAGAAGAGGAAUCGCUUCUACGUGAUCGUGUUUUACUCCAUGCAGUCGCUGAAGUCGUGCUGGAGCAGGUGAAAAUAGCUGCAGCGAGCACAAGCAGCAGUAAUGGCAACGAUGGUGGGUCGAGCUCUGCUGAAAAUGGUGAGGUGACGAUGACACUGAGCGAGCAAUUGCAAGCUCUACCAAUUUGGAAGCAAAUUUUCGACGGUUUUUUUGUGGAUGUUCUCGGAAAGCGAAUCCAGGCAGCCAAGGAGUCGACUGGGUCUGUUGUUCAUUUUGCCGAUGGUGUGGUCGAGGCGGUUGAAGAAGAGCAAGACAGUGCUGUAUCGGGCGAAACAGCGUCAAAAAAGCGCAAACGAGAACAUGAGGUCAAAAACUUUAUAACUCCAGUGCUCCACGAGAAAACAGUCGCCGUGCUGUCAUCGCUAUUCGCAAUGAUUGAAAAGAGAGGUUCAGCAGCGGGGGGUGAUGCGAUAGUCACUUCGUAUCUCAAGAAAACAUUGGGCGUGCUACGUAUGAACUGCCCGUCGUUAGAAGUAUUUGAAGCCCUGUGGAGGAGCACUGUAUUCUCUGGGUGUCGGCAACUCUACGAGCCAAUGUUAUUAAAGUGCAAAACCGUGCAGAAGGAGCUUUUCGCUGUGUUAUCAUCAGAUGUCAAGGAUGAACCGGUUAGUGUGCAAAAAAGAAAGAACGAUCCAGCAAAUGUCGAAUUCAAGGCUCAAGAUGACGCUUCGAAUGUGACAUCAAGCGAUACCAUCACUGAUGCAAAGCCCGUCGAUGUGGGCAUUAAAUCGGAAGGUGGUAAAGGAGCCGCGACUGAGCAUGGCAAGAGUUCUGCUGUGGGUGCAGAAGCUGCAGCUGGCGUUGAAACAAACGGAGUUGUCGAGACUAAGGCUACUGCCGCGGUCACAGAUAGAAAUGCCGAAGAUCUUAGCAAAGGUGUCAAAGUGGAGGAAGUCCAGACUCCUACAGAAGCCGAUAAUGAUGACACAAAAGCCGACACUGCGAAUAAUAGCUCAGCUAUACAAGUGGACACUUCUGCUGUCAAUAGUACAGAGGAGGAAAACAAUGCUGCUGCUGUCAAGGCUGAAAGUGUGGAGACAGACGCCGAAUCUGUGACUACUGCUGGUGAGAAUAACAGAGAUGACGCGGAUGUGAAGAUGGAAGAUGCCGAGGAGGCGGCGGAAGGGGAGCCGCUUACGGCAAAAAAUAGCACUGGCGGUGCUGAUGGAGGCGUAUCGGGUGAGAGUUUGCCAGACGUUCUUGCUACGCCAACAGCAACGGCUGAGCACAACGAGUCCACAGAGCAGCGAGGAGAGCCAAGUUGGCUCACCCCGCUGCUGCGUUUGCUGCCACCCGUCAGCAUCAGAAGUGAAGGUGAUGUGGGUAACAGUGAUACACAGAAAGAAGUUCCAGCAGCGGUGACUACUGCUGGUGAGAAUAACAGAGAUGACGCGGAUGUGAAGAUGGAAGAUGCCGAGGAGGCGGCGGAAGGGGAGCUGCUUACGGCAAAAAAUAGCACUGGCGGUGCUGAUGGAGGCGUAUCGGGUGAGAGUUUGCCAGACGUUCUUGCUACGCCAACAGCAACGGCUGAGCACAACGAGUCCACAGAGCAGCGAGGAGAGCUAAGUUGGCUCAUUCCGCUGCUGCGUUUGCUGCCACCCGUCAGCAUCAGAAGUGAAGGUGAUGUGGGUAACAGUGAUACACAGAAAAAAGUCCCAGCAGCGGUGACUACUGCUGGUGAGAAUAACAGAGAUGACGCGGAUGUGAAGAUGGAAGAUGCCGAGGAGGCGGCGGAAGGGGAGCUGCUUACGGCAAAAAAUAGCGCUGGCGGUGCUGAUGGAGGCGUAUCGGGUGAGGGUUUGUCUGACGUUCUUGCUACGCCAACAGCAACGGCUGAGCACAACGAGUCCACAGAGCAGCGAGGAGAGCCAAGUUGGCUCACCUCGCUGCUGUGUUUGCUGCCAACAGCCAGCAUCAAAAGUGAAGGUGAUGCGGGUAACAGUGAUACACAGAAAGAAGUUCCAGCAGCGGUCCUGCCAGUGAAGGAUCAAAAAGAUGGAAAUGUGGAAACAGAAACAGUUGCAGAAGAGGAAAAGGAGGCGGUCGAGACGCAAUAA